AUGGUGUCCGUGACCGUAGAAGUCCAGGUCUGGGUCGAGCUUCCCUCGCCCCUUCCGCCGCACAUUCCGUCGGAGCACGCGGCGCGGAUCGUUUUGCUCGCGGCCUCGCCGACGCGCCGCUCCGCCGGCACGCUCUGCGCCCGUCGGUGGCAACCGCGGCGGCUCUUCUCGCCAUGCCAGGCGUUGAGCGCCAGCCAGCAGCAGGCGGCAGCAGCCCGCCGGCAGCUGUACUGCGGUUGGCCCAGCCGCAACGGGUGCUCCGGCCCGAAGGGCGGGCAACUCACGCCGGCUGGGAACUACAGCUAG